CUCAGUCCGGGCCCAGGCGGCCCACAGAGGAAGACGCCGCACGUCCCCAGACUCCAGCCCCUCCCAGAAUGCGGGUGGUGGGGGCGGCACUGGGACAGUUGCACGCGGACAAGAGGGCGGAUGGGACUUUCAAGAUACAACGGUGGGACUUGGGCAGACACGAUUUCCUUGAAUCUGCUCCUGGUUUGGGAAUGUUUGUGACUGUUACAACUUACAAUGAUGAGCGGAUCCACUUAGAUAUUCGAGUUGGAGAACAUGACCUUGAUGCAGCCAUUGCUCAAGCAAAGGACAAAGUUAAUGAAGUUAGCUUCAAGCUUGAACAUCUAAUUGAGCAAAUGGAGCAAAUAGUCAAAGUACAAAACUAUCAAAGGGACCGUGAAGAAGAAUUUCGAAUGACCAGUGAAGAUACAAACAGCAACGUUUUAUGGUGGGCCUUUGCACAAACACUAAUCUUUAUCUCAGUCAAGCCUUUUCACAUGUGCGUGUUCGAGGCAAGCAACGGCGCCUGGCCCGACCCGGCCCACCUCGACCAUGGGGUCCAGCCAGUGGGCCCUGGGCCCCACUCACACCCCAUCCUGAUCCUAACCUCCGUCCUGGGCUACCAGGUCUCCUAA